AUUGUUUGUGACAUAUGGGAUCCUUCUCUUCUUCCAGUGUCACCCUCUAAUCUCCUUAUAAUACAUAUUGUGUGGAGUCACUCUGCACAUGCUCAGUUUGUUUGUUUUUUUCUUGGGCGAGUGCAUGUGAUCAGCACAGGGACAAUCAGCACUGUCCAGACAGAGCGUCAGGGGUCCUGCAUCCUCCUAGAGCAGAAUGAAAACUACUCCUACAAGCUUUAACACGUGCUCUGCUGGACACUGAUAUAAUUCUCAAGACUGCACUAACUGCUGAUGAGAAAAGGUAUUUAGCAGUUUUAUAUUUACUAA